GCGGAGUUUCAGAAGUAAUGCCUUAGGUAUCCUAGUGAGUCGCAUGUGGUCGCAUGGUCAUCGAGAGGUCUAUUGAUGAUCACGUUGGAUCACCCAUGGAACGUAGUUUUUAAUUUUGAUUAUUUAAUUUAUACUAGUGAAAGUUAAUGUUUAGGGGAAGAUCAUAAACUUCUAUGAUGAAGCCAAACGCUACACCAACGUUCAUCAAUCGGAAAGUUUCGUAGCAAUUGACUUGUUGCUGAUUCUAACCUCAAUAAACAUGGUGAAAGAACAAUACCGGGCAACUGAUGUUGCUCGAAAAAUUUCCCAUGUAUCAUUUGGCGUGGACAGUCGUCACAACAUUGAACGGCAGGCUCAUAUUCAUGUUGUGGCAAAGCCACUGUACACUCAGGAUAAUCAUACACCCCUUCCUUAUGGAGUUCUCGACAAACGGAUGGGUACAUGCUCGAACGCAUCACCCUGUGGAACCUGUGGGAAGAACCUCAGCGAAUGUAUUGGACACUUUGGAUACAUUGAUCUUGAAUUACCAGUCUUUCAUGUUGGGUAUUUCAGAUUCAACCAAUAUCGAUAAUGAAAUUCAGUUACGAAGGAUUAAACCGAAAAACCGGACGGGACUAAUUAUUUUUCCAGUCAACUUCAGAUGUUUGUUACGGAAAUGCUCUCACGUGAUGUUACCGGAAAAGGACAAAAAGCUUUAUUUGAAUCGCGUGUUGAAUCCCAACCUGGGAUACUUGAACCGCAAGGCUCUACGAAAAGUAAUUCUCGAUAAAACAAAAAAGGUGACAAUCUGCCCCAACUGCAAAGACUUGAACGGAAUGGUUAAAAAAGCCGGAUUGCUGAAAAUCGUGCACGAGAAGUACCGCUCAAAAAAGAAGACUGACCCAAUCGUCGAACAAAAACUAGCUGAAUACUCCAACGUGACGAAAGACAACAAAGAGGUGGAAUCAAUUCUUCAAGCUGGCCUAGUAAAUGUCCUGAAUCCUCUCGAGGUUCAAGGUAUCUUUGAACGCAUCCCCUUGAACGACAUUCCACUUCUCCUGAUGAACCCUAACUGCGGCCUUCCUAAGGAUUUGAUCCUCACUCGAAUCCCAGUUCCUCCCAUCUGUAUUCGUCCCAGUGUCGUCUCUGACUUGAAAGCAGGAACCAAUGAGGAUAACCUCACGAUGAAGCUCUCAGAAAUUAUCUUCAUCAAUAAUGUGAUUCAAAAACAUAGACAAAGUGGUACUAAAGUGCAAAUGUACAACGAGGACUGGGAAUUUUUACAGCUCCAUUGCGCCCUUUAUAUCAAUAGCGAAAUGUCGGGAAUUCCCAUAAACAUGCAGCCAAAAAAAUCUCCAGGAAGAGGUCUAGUACAACGGUUGAAAGGCAAACAAGGAAGAUUCAGAGGAAAUUUAUCCGGGAAACGAGUGGACUUUUCAUCUAGAACUGUCAUCUCACCAGAUCCAAACCUGAGAAUUGAACAGGUUGGAGUGCCAAUUCACGUAGCCAAAAUAUUGACUUUCCCCGAACGAGUGAAUCCCUCGAAUAUAGAAUUGAUGAGAAAAUUGGUACAGAAUGGGCCCGACGUUCAUCCCGGUGCUAAUUUUGUUCAGCAAGGGCGAACACAAUUUAAAAAAUUCCUUCGAUACGGAAAUCGUGAAAAGAUCGCCCAGGAUUUGCAAUUCGGUGAUAUUAUCGAGCGCCAUCUCCGAGACGAUGAUAUCGUGCUUUUUAAUCGUCAACCGUCUCUCCAUAAAUUAUCCAUCAUGGCACAUAAAGCAAAAGUAUUGGAGCAUCGAACAUUUCGUUUUAAUGAAUGCGUUUGUACACCCUACAACGCCGAUUUCGACGGUGAUGAAAUGAAUCUUCACCUUCCUCAGACUGAAGAAGCUCGAGCUGAAGCUCUAGUUCUCAUGGGGAAUAAAUCAAAUCUCGUGACGCCCAGAAAUGGUGAAUUACUCAUCGCUGCAACUCAAGACUUUAUCACUGGGGGUUACUUAUUAACCCAAAAGGACACUUUUCUCAACAAAUCACAAGCUUGUCAACUAGCUUCAUGUCUUCUCGCAGGUCCAGAUUCUUCCAUGAACAUUGAUCUUCCUCUUCCAGCCAUUAUGAAGCCCCAGCAGCUCUGGACAGGAAAGCAGAUCUUCAGUUUAAUUUUACGACCAAAUGCCUCAUGUCCAAUUCUUGCUAACCUCAAAACCAAAGGAAGGGCUUACACUCACGAUGAAGAACUCUGUAUGAAUGAUUCUUACGUGAUUAUCAGGAAUUCUGAGCUUCUUGCUGGAGCAAUGGACAAGUCAACCCUAGGAUCUGGAGCAAAACAGAACAUCUUUUACGUUCUUCUGAGAGACUGGGGAGAGGAUGCAUCGACUAUUGCAAUGUGGCGAUUAGCAAGAAUAGCAAGUUAUUUCUUGAUGAACCGAGGAUUUUCCAUUGGAAUCGGUGAUGUGACACCAGGGCAAGGAUUACUUCGAGCUAAAUACGAAUUGCUGAGUGCUGGAUAUGGUAAGUGCACUCAAUACAUUGAACAAAUGGAGGAUGGACGUCUGCCUUGUCAGCCGGGUUUAUCGGCAGAGGAGAGUCUCGAGGCGGUAAUACUCAAGGAAUUAUCAGUAAUCAGAGAUCACGCUGGUAAGGCUUGCCUGAAAGAGCUUCACUACAGCAACUCGCCACUAGUGAUGGCGUUAUCAGGAAGUAAAGGAUCAUUCAUCAAUAUCUCACAGAUGAUCGCCUGUGUAGGCCAACAAGCCAUCAGUGGACAUCGUGUACCAAAUGGGUUUGAAGAUCGUACCCUGCCUCAUUUUGAAAGACAUUCAAAGGUUCCUGCAGCCAAGGGAUUCGUCGAGAAUUCGUUUUACUCUGGACUUACUCCGACUGAAUUUUUCUUUCAUACAAUUGGAGGCCGAGAGGGAUUGGUUGACACAGCUGUCAAGACCGCCGAAACUGGUUACAUGCAGCGUAGAUUGGUGAAGAGUCUGGAGGAUCUUUGUUUGCAUUACGAUAUGACUGUUAGAAACUCCACUGGAGAUAUUGUACAGAUUAUUUACGGAGGAGAUGCUCUGGAUCCAACUUACAUGGAGGGAAAGGACUGUCCUGUUGAUUAUAGACGUGUUCUUGAUCAUGUUCGAGCAAAAUCGCCGUGCAAGGAUGAGGAUUCACUCGAUGGUCCUAGUGUUGUUAAAGCAACUGUUCAGUUAUUGAGCACUGAAGAGUUCUCCUGUCUGUCUGAAGAGUUUAAAAACGAAUUGACUAUGUUUCUGAAGGGGGUUUCGCGAACCAUCACAAGGUUAAGGAUGAAUUACAAUCCGAAAAUCAAGGUUAAUCAACAACUGGAGAGGCUGACCGUGUCACAGUUGGUAGAAUUCACUCACACAUGCAAAGAAAAAUUUAUGAGGGCGAAGAUUGAGCCAGGAACUGCAGUUGGUGCACUGGCAGCCCAGAGUAUUGGAGAACCUGGAACUCAAAUGACCCUCAAGACUUUUCACUUUGCUGGAGUUGCGAGUAUGAAUAUUACUCAGGGAGUACCGAGAAUUAAGGAAAUUAUCAAUGCUAAUCAUAAGAUCAGUACUCCCAUCAUUACCGCUGCAUUGGAGAACGAUAGUGAUGCUGAAUUUGCGAGAAGAGUAAAGGGGAGAAUCGAGAAGACAAUGCUGGGGGAAGUAACGGAGUAUAUAGAAGAGGUUUAUCUACCUGAUGAUUGUUUUCUACUUGUUAAAUUGGAUGUCGAUAGGAUUAAGUUGCUGAAGCUGGAGGUUGAUGCAAAUUCUAUUCGAUACGCGCUCUGUACCUCGAAGCUGAAACUCAAUCCUAAACAUGUUAAUGUUAGAGGGGAAUCUAUACUGACGAUUAAUCCGAGUAGUCAGAAGCACAGCCUGAAUCAUGCGCUAAUGUUGUUGAAGGAGGCUGUGCCCAAUGUUGUUAUUAAGGGUUUGCCUACUGUCGCUAGAGCCGUUAUUCAUAAUGAUGAUUCGAGUGGGAGGACGGAGUAUAAAGUUUUUGUGGAAGGGGAUAACAUGAGGGAAGUGAUGGCUACCAGGGGUGUGCUCGGAUCUAAAACUACUUCGAAUAACACUAUUGAGGUUUUCAAGACCUUAGGAAUUGAGGCAGCUCGUGCCACUAUUAUGUCUGAAAUUAAAAAAGUGAUGGAGGGCCAUGGAAUGAGUAUUGAUCGUCGUCAUUCAAUGCUUGUUGCUGAUCUUAUGACCAGCCGGGGAGAAGUUCUUGGAAUUACAAGGCAGGGCCUUGCAAAAAUGAAGGAAUCUAUCCUCAACUUAGCCUCGUUCGAAAAAACCGCUGAUCAUUUAUUCGAUGCCGCGUAUUAUGGCCAAACAGACGCAAUAUGCGGUGUCUCGGAAUCCAUCAUCAUGGGAAUUCCCGUUCCAGUGGGAACAGGAAUAUUUAAGCUACUCCACAAAUCAGAAAGAAGCGAGUUGAAGAAACAUAAACUAAUAUUCGAUGAUCCUCAGUUUCACACUAGUGUAACCACGUAGCGUUAAUUGAAUGUUAGAAAUUUGUUGAUUAAUUGAUUGAAUUACUGAAGCUGUGUAAUAUAUAAAAUAUUUUAUACCAAA